GAUCCCACAGACUCUAACGAGUUACGAGUUGUACGCAUUCGUUGACCACGUUGGCGACCUCAGAAGUGGACAUUACACUGCAACCAUUAGAUCCCCAGACGAUGGCAGGUGGUACAAGUUCAAUGAUGCCACAGUCACAACACUGGACGAACAGCCUUUUGAGGGGAGCAACAGUGAGAGGUCCAACACUGUUUAUCUUCUGUUCUACAGAAAAACCAAAGACACAGGAACUUGUUCCUCAGGAACAACCAGCAGCGAUUUAUCACCUGAGGAGAAAGACAUUCCGGAGAAGAAUGGAGAUCAACAGAAGACAGAAGGUGUUGAAGACAGUGGACCUAAUGAAGACACAGUGGUGAUGGACGAUGUCAGCCCCAGCUCUGGAGAUCACCUGCCAUCCAUUGAACACAGGCAGAAGAACAUGUUGGAGGAUCAUGAGAAAGUAGGAGAGCGUCAAGCUGAGGAUCCGUCAGAACAGGUCAGAUGCUUUUCUGGAGAAGAGCCGCCUGAAGAGCAACUCAAAGAACAGGAUCUGGAGGAUCAGGAUGUUGACGACACAAGAGAUGCUGAUGAUCGUUUUGGAAAUCAUGACGUGAAACCAGAAACCAUAGUGAAGGAGGAUAAAAAGGUAGAACAGACAGACAAAGAUCACCUGGUUGAACAGAAAGAUCUGUUAUCUAGACAAGAUCUGUCUCAGGAAAGAGAAGACGAUCAGGUCCAGGACGGUGAAGAUGUUGAUGAUACAAGGAAAGAUGAUGUCAUACAAAGUGAUUGGGGUGAAAAUAAUGAUGUUAAACCAGAAAUCUCUGACACAGCUUCAAAACAUGAAGGUCUAAGCACAAAAGACAAGAAGAUGAGAGAUGAACCCACGGAGUUCACACUGCACAAAGAGUGUGCCAGCAGCCAAGAGAAGGUCACAGAUGAUGAUGAUGAGGAACUAAAGAACAUGAAGAACAUCUCCAUGGAAGACCAGGAAGGUAGACCAGAAGGAAACACUUCUUCUGGUGCCUGCUCCUCUCUUGGAAAUGGAUCAGAAGAAUGUGAAACCCAACCUGAAAAGGCAGAAGAAAGUUCAGGUCCAAAGCUGUUGGUGGAGAUAAUUGAGGAAGAAUCAAUCGGUCCACUACAAUAGUAGCCAAAACUCUAAUCAAGUCUAAAAAAAUGUUGAACAAAGAACAGUUGGACAAACAGUGACAAAUGUCACAUGACCAAAUAUGUGCGCAGUAACAUAACAGAGAGGUCAUGGUGAACGAUUCUGUUUGUGUGUCCUUUUUGACUUCAGUACAGUGGGAAUAAAGAAUGUUGUUUUUAAAA